UAAAUUUUGUUAUGGAAAAUAAGAAUUUCCAGAAAUAAGAAUGGGGAAAAAGAAAAAUUAAACAUUGAUUGAGUAUAGUUUUUCUCCCUCAUCCAUGUAUAUAUUUCUAAUAAUCAAAGAUUAAAACCCCCAAUUAAACUUCCCUGGUUCCUCCUUCCAUGGAGAGCUAGAAAACCUUCAGACACCCCCUCCCUCAAUCAAUUUCACACAAACAGAAAACAAUGGGGGAAUUUUCUUUUUACAUUUAACCAACAACAAAGGGACAUUCAUCCCAAGAACAACCCCCCACCCAACUUUACAAAAAAUUAAAUAAUAAUAAUAUAUAUAUCCACCAAUAAACAACUUUUUUCAAUUACAAGGUUUGAAUAUGGCAAGAUUCCAGAUGGAAGAAGGGAGUGAGUCAACAAGAUACUGGUGUCAUGAAUGCUCCAGGGCGGUUGAAACCUUCAUGGAUUCCGAAAUGAUUAAGUGUUCCUUUUGUCACGAUGGUUUCGUUGAGGAAAUGGAUAGUUCGAGGACUGAUCAUCACCCUCACAAUCACCAUGCCGAUGAUUCACUUUCAUUGGUGGUCCCCAUUUUGCGUAGUAGCCCUCUUAGGAGAAGACGACGGAGCCGUGCCACAAUCCCUCAGUUGCUUCAAGCAGUUUGGUCAAAUAUUAAUAGUAAUAAUAAUAACAAUGGUUAUAGGGAAUGGGGGCAGAGUUAUAAUAGGGAAAGAGACCGAGAGAGGGUUAUUGUCAUUAAUGUUUCUAAUCAAACCGUUAUUGUUCAAGGUGGUGGUAGUGUUGGUGCUAGUGGUGGAAAUCUAUUUGAUUCAGGUGGUCUGCAGCCAAAUCACCCGAUUGGGUCGAUAGGUGAUUACUUUGUUUGGCCGGGUUUGGAGUUGCUACUGCAGCGUUUAGCCGAGAAUGAUCCUAACAGAUAUGGGACACCACCGGCCCAAAAACAGGCAGUGGAGGCAAUGUUGACUGUGAUAAUAGAGGAGGAUUCGGUUCAAUGUGCGGUUUGUUUGGAAGAUGUCGAGGUUGGAAAUGAAGCUAAAGAGAUGCCAUGUAAACAUAGGUUUCAUGGUUACUGUAUCUUGCCAUGGUUAGAGCUUCAUAGUUCAUGUCCAGUUUGCAGGUAUCAAUUGCCACCUUCUGAUGACUCGAAACACGAACCAGAACGGGAAUCUUCCCUUAGUCUCACGGUUAACUCCAGCAGUUUGACCAACGGGAUGACCAUGCCCGCGAUUGAAAAUGGGGAGACUGAAGGAAGAAACACAAGGCCGUACGCUUCUACGCUUAGUUGGCCUUUUAACAGCUUGUUCUCAUCUACACCAGUAGCUCAAAUCGAGAGCCCACCGUUGAUAAUAAACCCGACAACUGAAUCAGGGUCAGGGUCAGGGCUUCCUGUUAAUGAAAGUAAUGAGGAUGAGGGUGGUCAGUAGGUAGAUGAUCACAUCAAAUAUGAAAUCCCACUCUAAGUUUUCCUUAUCUUGUUUAUAAAACGACUUAACACAAACAUGUCUAUAGAGAUUACUGUUGUUUAUAUGUGAAAUUUCAAUACUUGUAUGCACCUAAUUAUGAAGGAUUGUAUAAAAACUCCCCACAUUCUUGUAUCUUACUGUUGGAAUUUCCGAGGCAA